AUGGGCGCGGAGCGCAGGGCGGCGGCGCCGGCUCCCCGCGGCUGCGCCUGCGGCGGCGGCGGCAGCUGGCGGCUCUUCCUCGGCUUCUUCGCGCUGUCGCUGGCGCUGCACGUCCUGACGCUGGGCUGUUACCUGGAGCUGCGCUCCGAGCUCCGCCGCGACCGCGGCCCGCAGCCCGCGGCCCCGCCGCGUCGGGACGGGACGGCGGCAGCGCCCGGAGCCCCGGGAAGGGUUAGAUAUGCAGGUGGGUCCCGCCGGGGGCGGGGGGACCGCGGGGGCUCCGCGCUGCCCGGGGCCAUCCCCCGGCUCCAUCCCCGCGCUCGGGUGCCGCGCCCCGGGGCGCUUCGGAACGGCCCCCCGGGGGAGUUUGGUGGGAAAAGGCGGCAAAGCCCCAACUCGCGAUGCGGGGUGAAGUGCGGGGGGAGCUCGUCUGGGCUGGGGCUGGCCUUGCUGAACUUCUUCCACCCCGAGGAGAAGCUGCAUGUUGGAGAAGAAGGGAGACGCGUCCGUCGGAAUAAAAGGAGUAAAGGCAGCGAAGGGCCCGACGGUCCAAGUUCAGUGAAAAACAAGAAAAAGGGUAAAAAGGCUGGUCCUCCAGGGCCCAACGGUCCCCAAGGGCCACCAGGGCCUCCCGGGCCACAGGGUCCCCCCGGCAUUCCCGGCAUCCCCGGGAUUCCAGGCACCACCGUCAUGGGCCCGCCCGGCCCCCCUGGCCCACCGGGCCCUCAGGGACCACCCGGCGUGCAGGGCCCCUCAGGUGCCACAGACAAGGCCAGUUCCAGAGACAUCCAGCCAGCUGUGGUCCAUCUCCAAGGCCAAGGCUCAGCAAUCCAAGUGAAGAAUGGUGGAGUCCUCAAUGACUGGUCUCGCAUCACUCUGAACCCCAAGGUGUUUAAGCUGCAUGCCCGCAGUGGGGAGCUGGAGGUACUGGUGGACGGCACAUACUUCAUCUAUAGUCAGGUCUACUACAUCAACUUCACCGAUUUUGCCAGCUACGAGGUGGUGGUGGACGAGAAGCCCUUUCUGCAAUGCACUCGGAGCAUCGAGACCGGCAAGACCAACUUCAACACCUGCUACACGGCCGGGGUGUGCCUGCUCAAGGCCAGGCAGAAGAUCGCCGUGAAGAUGGUCCACGCUGACAUCUCCAUCAACAUGAGCAAGCACACGACUUUCUUUGGGGCCAUCCGCCUGGGAGAUGCUCCCGCAUCCUAGAGAGGAACUUGGCGUGGCCAAGGACACCCACGGAACUGCCCAGUGCUGCUGUUCAUAAAGCGUAUCAGUAUUUCAGGGGUUCUGUAAUCCGGCCAUAAAGGAAACUGAUCCAGAGCUAUUUAUUCCUAUAUGUGAAUGCAGGAAGCACAAUUGUCCUCUGUGACUCGCGGGGAGACUCGGAUCAAACCAAAAAGCUGGUGGGGAGAGCGUUGUGAGGAGGAAAGGCUGUUGGGUGUGCCUUGUCUCAGUAUUUCAAGUAUUACUGCACUGAUACUCUGCUCUGUGACCUUCACACGAGGCUUGCUGGGAGAGCUGGGGGCUCUGCUCGGAUGUUGGCACUGGCAAGAGCAUCCCAGGCGGGAGGACACGGACUCCUGUCCCAAAAUCCCAGCCAGGCUCCUGCAUGUGCACGCUAACGACAGCCAGGAAGGGGGUUCUGGCUUCCUGCCUUCCCAGGGGGAGCUGGAAGGGCUGGGGGGCGAGGGGAGGUGCGUGAGACAGGGUCAGUGGUGUUUACAUUCAUCCUCAGGAGGAGGAGGAAAAGUGCCUCGACCUAGAGCUUGGAAAAAAAAGCAGGAAGUGCGAGAGGAAGAGGAAUAACUAGAGCAGGCUUAGCAGAUAGGAAACUGCCUCCACAUUCCAGAAACCACCAAAUCCCAAAGAAAACGCCGAUUCCCGGGUCCAGGCCUCUGCUCCUUUCAGCUCCUGCCCUUACCCCAGAGGUAACCUUGCCCCAGCAGGGGCUGCCUUCAAGUACUGCUGCUGUUACAGCAAGUUGAGUUGGGUUGAGGGUAUUUUGGUUUUGUUUUUUUUUUUGUUUUUUUUUGGUUUGGUUUGGUUUUUUUUGGGGGCAGGGAGGUUUGUUUUGUUCUUUUUAAUUAAUAUUUUGCAAACCAGAACACAUUUCUACAGGCUUCACCGAGCCACGUAGAGCAGCCACAAGUACUUGUGACAACACUCGGAGGAAGUUUGUUAUGUUUAAGAAUAAAAUAUUCAAACAGGAA